ACUGCGCCAGUCACCAGCGCCGCUUGUGUGUCCGUGCCAUCCGCUCUGAUAUUUUGGGUUAGAUUCAUCUCAUAACGAUCUCCACACACACAUACACUCACACACAAAUAGAGAUUGGUUAUCGUAUGUCACACUGGGUAUAAGCGGCUAAACUCCGCCCCGACAGCUCCUCCAGCUGAUAGCCUGUGUGUUGAAUGUUUGGGAUUGUUGUGAUGGGAGGCCGCAGCCAUCUUGGAUCAGCGCCGCUCCACACCGAGCAGCAGGAGAGGACGGACGUUCACGGCAGCGCCAGUUAGCUAACGUUAGCUGCUCGGCCAGGUUAACCACAAUCCGCGUCGCUGUGCGGUGCGGCUAUGCUUCACAGUAACGUUACAGACGCUAUUUUUCUCCGUUAGCAGCCGCUUUGAGAGCAUAAAAAUGGGUACAAAGUGUGUUAAGCGGUUAACGUUAUAACUCCGGAGAGGGCGGCGGCGGCGCAGAUCCUCGGUAUAUUUUUUAAAUUUCUGGAUAGAGGAGUUACUAUGAAUGGAGGAUAAAUGUUGCCAAAGGCUGACAGCAGCAGUUUCGUCCUCUUCUCUCUUCUCUUCGUCCUCACGUUAACGGACCCACCACGGACAGGUCCGCGGCUAGCUCUGGCAAGAUUAUUGUCAGAGCAGCGCUGCAGCCCUGGGCAGUUUGCCUGCCGCAGUGGGAAGAUGCAAUGUAUCCCAAUGUCCUGGCAGUGUGACGGCUGGACAGCAUGUGAGGACAAGAGUGACGAGAUGGACUGUCCCCCUAUAAAAGAGGAAAGGUUUCGUUUUGGCAACGGAUAUGACCAGGUAGAAGAUGUCAUCGGUGUGGCUCAGCCCGUGCGCUUCAACAAGAAAUGCCCCAGUGGGUGGCACCACUACGAGAAGACGGCCAGCUGUUACAAAGUGUACCUGAGGAACGAGAACUACUGGCAGGCCGUGGACACUUGUCAGAAAGUCAACGGCUCGUUGGCCACUUUUGUCACCAACGAGGAGCUGCAGUUCAUACUGAAGAUCGAGGUGGAUUUUGACGACAAAGUCUGUGAGCGCAGAGACCAGUGCAAGUUUUGGGUGGGCUACCAGUAUGUGAUCACCAAUCAGAACCACUCCCUGGAGGGCCGCUGGGAGGUUGCUUACAAAGGAUCGAUGCAGGUUUUUCUGCCACCUGAGGGUCUAACCAAUUUUGGGGAGGCGUCUCCCACGCAGGACAACGUCUUCUGUGCCCAGCUGCAGCGCUUUCAGAUCAAAAGCAUGAAUGAGCGAGGCCUGCACAGCUGGCACGCUGAGAACUGCUACAAGAAGUUCCCCUUCCUCUGCAAAAGGAGGCAGACGUGCGUGGAUAUAAAAGACAACGUUGUAAACGAGGGCUACUACUUCACCCCUAAAGGGGACGACCCGUGUCUGAGCUGCACGUGUCACGACGGUGAGCCUGAGAUGUGUGUGGCAGCUUUGUGUGAGCGUCCGCAGGGCUGCCAGCACUUCCGCAAGGAUCCUAAAGAGUGCUGCAAGUUCACCUGCCUGGACCCAGAUGGAAACAGCCUGUUUGACUCGAUGGCCAGCGGUAUGAGACUGAUCGUCAGCUGCAUCUCUUCCUUCCUCAUCCUCUCCCUGCUGCUCUUCAUGGUGCACAGGCUCCGUCAGCGGAGACGUGAACGCAUCGAAACUCUGAUUGGCGGAAACUUGCACCACUUUAACCUUGGAAGACGAGUCCCAGGCUUUGACUACGGCCCGGAUGCCUUUGGCACCGGCCUCACUCCCCUGCAUCUGUCUGAUGAUGGAGAGGGAGGCGCUUUCCAUUUCCAAGAGCCUCCUCCACCGUACGCAGCCUACAAAUACCCUGACAUCCAGCACCCCGACGACCCUCCUCCUCCGUACGAAGCCUCCAUCAACCCAGACAGCCUCCUCUACGUGGACCUUGGACACAACGGGGUUUCCAUGGUGCCGAGCCAGAUGAACGCUAUGGGAGACGGGCUUCAGUCCGAUAUUCCCAACGCCCCUGCCCCUGUGCCAGCCUCGGCGCCGUCCUCUCAGGAGAGGGAGGACUCCAUAGAUAGCAGCACCCUCCUGGUGGGGCCUGACACCCCGACAGAUGGCCACGCCCCCGCUUCCAUGCCCACGGACUGCGCCUCCACCCUCAGCACCGUAGUAUAAUAGGACUGUGGACGGACGGCGGGGAGCUGCAUCCGGACAUUACCUGCUGGUUGAGGAAGGUCAUGAGUGCAUUCUGCACCAAGAGAGGACGCAGCAGACGGUGGUGUCAUUUGUCAAAGUGCUGACUGCAGGGAGUUAAAGUUUGUACAGACACAUCAGAAGCGGCGUGCUUCUUUCAAGUGCAAGGAUGCCCUCUUUCUGAAGACUUUCCUGCAGUUGGCCUUCUGAGUUUUUUUUUUUU